AUUUCCCAUAGGUUUCCCAGGAUUCCGGGGACCCAAGCAUAUAAGUUGUAGACUCCAGAGAAGAAGAGGGCGGACUCCCCAUAAGUCCCGUGGUUUUUAUUAUUCAUAACGAAGGCGUUUUCCAUGGAUUUCUUUGACCUAAUUGAUGUGGAUAAAACCAAGAGAGAUGACAAGCCCACUAAACCUGAGAAGAUGACGGAUAAAGAAUGGGAAAAACUGAAGAGAAAGACCUUGGGAACUAUCAGACAAUGGAUUGAUAUUAGCAUAUUCAAUCAUGUAUCUCAAGAGACUGAGACAUGUGGAGAAAAUUGGAGGGUCUUUAUGAGAGAAAGAUAGCUCAUAACAAGGCCUCGUUGAUUAAGAGGCUUGUUAGUCUCAAGUUGAAGCCAGGGAAGUCUUUUUUUGAGUACCAUAGUGACUUUCAAGAUAUCAUUAACAAGUUGACUGUGAUGAAAAUUGUUUUUGAUGAUGAGUUGCAGGCUUUAUUCAUAUUGAUUUCUUUGCCACACAGUUGGGAAACCUUGGUUGUGUCGAUAAGCAACUCAGCUCUAGAUGGUGUGCUUUCAUUGGAUGUCACUAAAGAGAGCAUGUUCAAUGAAGAGCUUAGAACAAAGGAGAUGGGUGUUGAUAUUUCACAGGCACUUGUGGUAGAGAAUAGAGGAAGAAGAAAGAGUUGAGGUCCCAAGGGGCGUGACAAGUCAAAGUACAGGUCGAAGUCCAAGGAUGGGAGAGAGGCCACGAUAUGUCACUAUUGUAACAAGCUUGACCAUAUUCAAAAGUUUUGCUAUAACUUGAAAGAGACUAGAAAAAGAAGAACAAUGAUCAUCACAAAGAGGGUGAUGACAAGAAUACAGCAACGACUUCUACUUCAGAUGAUAGUGUUUUU